UGGAAGCGCGAUAAAAUUCCUGAAGGUUUGCAUUUUACUCUUCAGAAUUUGGAAUUGAUCGCUGCUAAAAUGCUGCUGAGGUAAGUGAGAGGAGAAAAUAAGCAAUGAAGGUGAACUGGAACGUGGUGGCUCCAGUCGUAACGGCUGCCGGUGUUUCAUUCCUCACAGGAGCUGCUCUAUACCACACGCUGCAUCAUAGGAAUAUUGAGUUCCAGGUAGCAAACGGGAAUUCACAGGAUGUAACAGAUGUGGAGAUUAUGAUAAUGUAUGCUACCGUGGAAGGAACUUCGGAAAAAUUUGCGAACCAGCUGAAAAAGUAUUUGGAAGCUAUCACUCAAGGUAUUUCGUUCUCACUUGUCAAUCUGAAAUAUUUCGACCCCGAAAUUCAUAUUCUGAACAGGCUUCCCUCUCAGAAAACCCUGUGGGUCUUCGUUCUUCCCUCUUACGAUACGGAAUCACGUGCUCCUCCGACCGCAGAAUGGUUCUCGAAUUGGUUGUUUGAAAGCGCCAACGAUUUCCGAGUUAGCCAGUCGAUGCUACACGGAAUGCUCUUUGCGCUUUUUGGACUCGGCGACAGCGCAUAUGGGGAAAUGUUCAACUCGUUUGCCAAAUCAGUUUCUACAAAUUUAAAAACAUUGAGCGCGAAACCCUUGACUGAACCUGUGUAUGGCGAUUGGCAGGAGGAUAUCGGGAAGGCUUUUGAUGUUUGGAAAAUUAAACUUGUGGAAAUGAUUCGAGUAUGGAUCGAUUCAGUGGAGACUGAAAAACCGUCAGUCGAAUCUGGAGCCGAAAACGGACAAUCCGGAUGUGGAGCAUGUAAAACAUGUACAUGUAAAGGCGAGAAAGAAGAAACUUUGGCAAAUGGAACUGAAGCAUCUGGAGAUGAGUAUGACUCAUCGGACGAAGAGAAGGACGAAAGUCACUCUGAGAAAAGAAACGGAAAGGCGUCUCUUGAUUUAGAAGAUAUGGGCGAUAUGAUUAAGAAACGAGAGGAGAGUAGAAUGGAAGAGAUGACUGAUGGGGAUGGGGAUAAGCCAGUUAAGGAGAUGCUGACGCCAAUGAUAAGGGAGUCAUUGACGAAACAGGGAUACAAGUUGAUCGGGUCCCACAGUGGAGUGAAACUGUGUCGCUGGACCAAGAGCAUGAUGAGAGGAAGAGGAGGAUGCUACAAGCACUCAUUCUAUGGAAUAGAGAGCCACAGGUGUAUGGAGACCACUCCCUCUCUGGCCUGUGCGAACAAGUGUGUGUUCUGCUGGAGACACCACACCAACCCAGUGGGCACUGAGUGGAAGUGGGCCAUGGACAGUCCACAGCUCAUUUUCAAGGGGGCAACGGAAAACCACUAUUCCAUGAUUAAACAGUUCAAAGGAGUUCCCGGCGUACUACCCGCCAAAUUUGACGAAGCAUUCACGAUCAAGCACUGUGCGCUGUCGCUAGUAGGAGAGCCAAUCAUGUACCCGGAAAUAAACACGCUCGUAGGUUUACUUCACGAAAGUAAAAUAUCGACGUUUCUAGUUACGAAUGCGCAGUUUCCAGAUGCCAUUAAAAAUUUGGUGCCAGUGACGCAGUUGUACGUGAGUGUGGAUGCAAGUACGAAAGACAGCUUGAAGAAGAUUGACAGACCGCUGUUCAAAGACUUCUGGGAGAGAUUUGUUGAUUCACUAACCGCUUUAGAUCAAAAAGGUCAAAGAACUGUAUACCGGUUGACUUUGGUUAAAGGACUGAACGUGGAGGAAAUCCAACAGUACGCUGAAUUGAUUUCCCUUGGCAAUCCUGACUUCAUUGAGGUCAAAGGGGUGACCUAUUGCGGAACUACCAAAAACAGCGGAAAAGCCCCUCUGACAAUGUCAAAUGUCCCGUUUCACGAAGAGGUGAUCGAUUUCUGCCAACACUUGAGUUCGAUGCUCGGAAGUUACGAAGUAGCCAGUGAACAUGAACACUCAAAUUGUGUUCUGAUUGCGCAUCGUAAAUUUAAACCAGAUGGUCUAAAUUGGUACACGUGGAUUGAUUAUGAGAAGUUCCACGAAUUGAAUAGAAAAUAUAACGAAAUCGGAGAGAGCUUCAGUUCAAUUGAUUACAUGGAAAGAACGCCCGAUUGGGCUGUAUUUGGUUGCAAAGAACGGGGAUUUGACCCGAAUGAGACGAGAUGGUUCAGAAACAAAGCGAAAAAAUCUUAGUUAAAAGUUCAUGUAUUUAAUAUUCGCGAUGAUGCUCUUGUGUUCAAGAAUCAAGUUUUUCAAAAAAAACGAUCAAAUUUUUAAAUCUACAGAUAUCUAUUCAGCUUAUUAGUUUUUACACAAGCAAACCUCCGUGUUCUAUUACGCAUUACUUUUUUCCAACAUUGCAUGUAUUAGUGUUCAACAAAUCAGUGCUUAAUUUCAGUGUCUGUGUGUUGCUCUUAAUUAUAUUUGGGAAUUUAAUAGCAUGUGUUUUUUUUUCACUUGCGAGUGUUAGGGAAUUGUAAUUGAA